GCGACAGUCCUGUAUCCGUCCGUGUCGGUGACCGCGUCACGCGUGUUGUGUCAGUGUCAGUGUUGUCUGUGGUCGAUACAUACGGUAUAGCACUAUCUCCACGAGGGUAUGUUACGUAGUGUAGUGGAUGUUAGCUUCCCCGUAGUAGUGAUCUGUGUAGUACGCUUGUAGUGGUGACAUGGCGUGCAGUGAUAGUAGUGAACAGUAGGCGAUGGGGGGCUGCGGCUGCUGGGGUGACUGAUGGCACCGACGAUGGACGACAUCUGAGGGGAUGGAGCGAGGGAAGGAGGCAGUCCACAAGUGCCACAGCGACCCUGGAGGCUCGGGGGCGGCGCGGAGGGUUCGCAGUUACAGUGGCCGCAAAUGUGUGCUCACUCUGGACGGCUACUCUUAUGUCAUAGUGGCCAGUCCGCCAGAGCGGCCCUCUAGCAAGGAGGACGCCCCUUCCCCCACAGGCGAGAUGCCGUCCAUCAGUCGAAAUGGCCAACUAUCCAAACAAGGCUCCCUCACAAUCGUAAGACGAAGUAGUGCCAAAAAACAACAAGGAACGUCAAGUGAAGAAGACACGAUCGAUGUAGACGAUCUGACCACAGACAACUUGCCGCCUAUAGACACGCCCGACGCUUGCGAUAAAGCCGCGGCGAGGUUACGGUGUUUGUUGAAGCAGUUGGAACGGGGUGAAAUCUCUGCUGACGUACUGCAAAAAAACUUGCAGUACGCGGCUAGAGUCCUAGAGGCUGUUUUCAUCGACGAAACCAAGAGGGGAGACCAGAAGCGGGAGCCGGGCCGCAACGAGACGGAACCGGUCAGCAUCCAGCAACGCAAGUUGAAGACUCCCGUCUGGGCCGUCAGAUCCACAGUAAGGAAAAAGGAACAAGUUGGGGAAAAUACGAGGCGCCUGGCGGACGAGGAUGACGAGUUAUCCGAGGUCCAGCCGGAUGCAGUUCCGGCGGAAGUACGAGAGUGGCUCACCUCCACGUUCACGAGGCAGCUGGCACCUACGAGACACCGCAAUGAUGAGAAGCCCAAGUUCAGGUCCGUGGCGCAGGCGAUCAGGGCGGGGAUCUUCGUGGACAGAAUAUACCGCAGGAUAGCCGCAAGCGGCUUCAUGCAAUUCUCCCCCGAGAUCGUCGAAGUCUUGAAGUCACUGGACGAAUGGUCGUUCGACGUGUUCGCGCUAGGCAAGGCUGCACAAAAUCAACCCGUCAGAUACCUUGGGUAUGAUCUGCUCAACAGAUACGGUUGCCUGUCAAAGUUCAAGAUAAAUCUGCAGACGAUAGAGAACUUCCUGAACAGGGUGGAGCAGGGAUAUCUGAGGUACGGCAAUCCCUACCACAACAAUCUGCACGCGGCUGAUGUCGCCCAGACCGUCCACUACAUGCUGUGUCAGACAGGUCUUAUGAACUGGAUGACAGACCUGGAGAUCUUCGCUACGCUGAUAGCAGCGUUGAUCCACGACUACGAGCAUACCGGCACCACCAACAACUUCCACGUCAUGUCCGGCACAGACACGGCACUUCUCUACAAUGACAAAGCCGUUCUAGAAAACCACCACCUCAGUGCCUCAUUCAGGGUUCUAAAAGAAGAUGACUGCAAUAUUUUACAAAACAUGUCAAGGGAAGAAUACAGGGAGUUCCGUAGUUUAGUAAUAGAGACAGUGCUGGCAACCGACAUGAGUUGCCACUUCCACCAACUGAAGAACAUGAAAAACCUUCUGUCCCUCCAAGAACCAAGCAUCGACAAGGCGAAAGCGCUAUCUCUGGUGUUACAUUGCUGUGACAUUUCGCAUCCUGCCAAGAAAUGGGACCUGCACUUCCAGUGGACCUCUCAGCUCCUGGAGGAGUUCUUCCUGCAGGGAGACAAAGAGAAGGAACUGGGAUUACCAUUUAGCCCCCUCUGUGAUAGAAAAAAUACGUUGGUUGCUGAGUCACAGAUUGGUUUCAUCGACUUCAUCGUAGACCCCAGUCUUUCGGUGUGCAGUGACAUGUUGGAGGCGAUUCUUGCUCCUGUCAUGGGACCUUCCUCCAAGGAAGUCAAGAGAUCCGUCUCUGUUUCUGAGGACACAAGAAAACCUCACGAACAAACCAACUGUGAAGGCACCCCGCCUCCCUUUUCAAUAAAGAAGCCGUGGCUGGGAUGUCUAGCUGAGAAUAAGAGGAUAUGGAAGGAGAGAGCUAUUAUAGACGCAGCGGCAAGGGCAGCUGCUGAGGCGGCCGCUGCUGCCGAACUGGAAGAAGAACAGAAAAGAAAAGAAGAGGAGGCGAAGAGUGAAGAGUGCAAGGCUGAAGAAUAGCAUCAAUAUUGCUGUCAGUAUGAGGCUGUGUAUCGUGUUUUAAUGCCAGCAAUAUGCCGCUUGAUGCUUCUGUAAAGUUUUGUGUAUAUCCAGUGACCUGACUGUCCCGAGGGUUUGUAGUAGUGUAGAUCCCUUCCUACGUCUCAAGAACAGUCGGCCAGUCCCACCAUGUGCAGCACUCCACUCAGCUUAAGCCAACAUGUAAGAUAACUAAUAGGUAGUUAUAGAUUACUUUCGUUCUUUUAAUAUUUGUAAUUAAUGAGUUUCGUGUACAAAUAAGACACUGUAAAAGUUUUAACUAAGAGUGGUUUUGUAAAACUUCCGUAAUACCUAAACAAUCAAACAAUGCUUUACAGAUUAUAUAAUUUACUGGAUCGACCUUCCAAGUUUUCUUCUGCUGUGAGAAAAAAUAGUACUUUUGCACGGGCAUUCAAACGUAAUAAUCAUUUAAGGAACAGUUUAAGAUAUUUUUACUAAUUAAGAAUGUCGUAAGAUUGUGAUCUAUUUGAGCUCUAAAGCGUAGCUAGGUAGUACUAAGGAAGUAACUAAUACAUUUAUGGCCUUUUACUAUAUUUAUUAAAACAAUCUUCUAUACCUUGAACCAUAACCAUCUGCCAAUACUUAUACUAUAAUUGUUUUUGUAUUUAACUAUCAGUACAAUAUUAUAUUAAAUCUUACUCUAUUCUUCCUGCAAACCGUCUUACUGUACAUAGCGUGUUCCUAAUCACUAAAGGCUAAAGCAGCAAACCGAUAUUGUUCAUUUCUUUUAUUUGUCUUGUUUCGAUAGGAUUGUUUGAUUUCAGAUAUAUAGUCCAUCCAUUUAACGAUAUUGGGAAGUUUUAUUCAGGUUGGUAUUGAUCAUUUUGUUGUUUGUUGUACGUUAACCAAAUAAUUAUAAGGUGGUUGAUAUAUUUGAUAAAAUAUCAUUCUUUGUCUUGUUUGCUCUGGGACAAACAAAUUUUUUUAUCAAAUUUUUUGUAUUAUCAAUUUGUAUAAUAUUAAUUUAUUCAAAAUGUUAUUUUGUGGACAUCUAAUGGUAAGGCCUUGUUUGUGUUAAGGCCCUAGUCUAUAAGAUAAACCGUUUAAACAAAAUUAAUAAUGCGAUACAAGUGAAAUCUUGUAAUUAAAAACUGUUAAUUUCAAAAUUGUAAUUGGUUAUAUCAUUUUAAUUAUUCUUUUACUGUAUUACUAUGAUAUAGUAUGUAACAUUUUCAUUAAACUCCAUAUAAAGUUCUAAAGAACAUUUAUAUAGGAACUUUCAAAUUUUAAUUAUUGUGAAUCGUAUUACAAAUUUUUUAAUUUAUAUUUUGUGAGAUGCGCAACUUUUGAAAUAAUAAAAUGUAUUACUUUAAGACUAAAGUUUUAAGUUUACACGUUAUUUAUAGGGAUAACAGUAUAUUUUAAAUUAUUUCCUUUAAGUCUUUACAUAAAAAAAGGAGGUCUCUAUGAUCUUAGAAAAUUAAAAUAGUUAAAGUUUUUUUUUGUCCACAAUAUUUCUAAUGGACUGUUUAUUAAUGUUCUUAUAAUAAACAUUUAUGUAACUCUAGGGUUAUUUUAAUACUGACUUUAUAAAAUUGUAGACGUUGAUUUAACUGUCAGAUCUCUAUCAUUACUACUCACUAUCCACGCCAUUGUUAUUUGUUACGCCUUCUUAUCCAACAAAGUAUGUACAAUUCCCAAUGUAAAUAGUAUCGUAUUAAUUAUUCCCGUCCCCCCUCCCCCCCCGCAAUACCUCAGUGUUUAUGUGUAUGGCCACCUUACUUGUGGCAAUAAGAACACCAGCUUUACAUAAUCAGACUAUUUUGUAGAAUAUAUACUACUCUAACAAUUUCUUAGAAGGAUUCUAAAUAUUCCUCUAUUUUUAAUGAAAUCGUCUUUAAGGCUGCAAGAGCGUAGAGAUAAUAAAUAGCACGGAGAAGACUCAGCUAUAACCGGUUUAUUUCGCUUGGUCUCUCCCCAAACCCACUACAAACCCUAGUCGAUGUCCUGUAAAGUUUGUUUGAGUGGAUUACUUACUGUAUUAAGUGUGUUUGUAUACAUUCUCGUCAAAAUCAUAUGCAAUUAUAACGACAUUAUAAGUGUUAUGGUAAAAGACUACUUACUUUUGGACUCUUUGUAUUUUUAUACUUUAAACUUUACUGUAAGUUUUAUAAACUGGCAUUAAUAAACCCAAACUCAAAAUGUUUAACAAAACUGAAACGUAUUGACAAUUUCACAUGAAAUUGAACUUUUCAUUUUAAAAGUUACUACUACAAUCAGUAACGAGAAGAACUUUCUAUUUUUCCAUUAUUAGAUGUUUAACUAUCAAAAUAUUAGCAAUACAUGUUUCUUCGAUUUUAUAUGUUUUUAACUAACUAUAUUAUUGUGUAAAUUUAAAAUAUUUUACUCUUCAAUUGUUCAUGCUACGAAAAUCGAAAUUUGUU